GGCGGUAGGAACCUAUUUUGUUAUUUUGUUACCCUUCCGUGAACACACUGAAGAAGAUUAUAUCAACAUUGACCAGUUCACUUCUGAACAUGGGUACAUACAGGCGGAUAGAUUGUAUAUUUUUCAGUGAAUUUCAUCCAACGUUAGGACCAAAGAUCACAUAUCAGGUUCCGGAAGAAUAUAUUUCGAGGGAACUUUUUGAUACUGUGCAGGUGUACAUCAUCACCAAACCUGAACUGCAGAACAAGCUCAUAACAGUGACUGCCAUGGAGAAGAAACUGAUUGGCUGUCCAGUGUGCAUUGAGCAUAAGAAGUACAGCCGGAAUGCCUUGCUCUUCAAUUUGGGUUUAGUCUGUGAUGCCAGGACAAAAACAUGUGCUUUAGAACCUAUUGUCAAAAAACUGUCUGGCUACCUCACAACUCUGGAGCUUGAGAGUGGAUUCAUUUCAAAUGAGGAGAGUAAACAGAAGCUGUUGCCUAUCCUGUCCACACUUCUUGAGGAACUUAAUGUUACAGGAGCCUGCACCCUACCUAUUGGUUAUAUAUGUAUUUUCUAUCUCACCGUUUCCCUGUCAGUGAUUCUUACUGCUUUUAUAAUCACCCUUUCACCUUCUCUCAUAACAGAUGACUCUAACACCAUCCACUUGAAGCUAAUUGAACAAAGGAAAGAUCCUCUGGUUGUUCAGGAGUAUGAUGUACCAGUAUUUACCAAGAAUAAGGAUCACUUUAUAAAGUCACAGUGGGAUCUCACUACACAACAGAUCCUACCCUUUGUAGAUGGGUAUCGACACAUUCAAAAGAUCUCUGCUGAGGCCGAUGUUGAGCUUAAUUUGGUGCGGAUUGCUGUUCAGAAUUUAUUGUAUUAUGAAGUGGUAACUCUGGUAUCCAUAUUUCAGGUAAGUUUUUGUUGUUUUGUUCAAAAUUUUAUUGUAGAUUCUUUUUCUUACAUUGUUUUUGGUUUUCAUAUUCUACAGUAUUCAAAUGUUUACUGCACAACACCCAAAGUACAAAACUUGAUAGAUAAAAAGUGCCUUCAGGAAGAGUGUCUACAUUACGUCAGUAAGCUAGGCCAGAGGACAAGUCUCAGGGAUGUGUUCCAGUUGUAUUGUGGUUUGACCCCAGGUACAACUGUGCGUGACCUCUGUUCUCGCUAUUCUCACCAGCUACAGAGGGUGGAUGAAAGGAAGUUGAUUCAGUUUGGCUUGAUGAAAGGUCUGAUUCGGCGGCUGCAGAAGUAUCCAGUCAAGGUUGUUAAAGAUGAUAGGAGUCGUCCACCUAGACUUUACACUGGCUGCCAUAGUUAUGAUGAAAUCUGUUGCAAAACUGGAAUGAGUUACAGGGAGUUGGAUGAGCGCUUGGAGAAUGAUCCGAACAUCGUUGUUUGCUGGAAAUAAUGUUGCUGUGACAGAAUUAUGAUUACAGAGAGUAUUAUAGUACAAGUAACUUUGUAAUGAGAGAGAAACAGAUCCUGGUGCUUUUGCGGCUAUUCUGUUCUAUACCUUUUAUUUAUUGUAAACCAACUGCCCUUCACAUGUAUUUGAUGCUAUUAUAGGUUGAAAUCUGAACACACAAGCUUCCUAAAUAAAUCAGAUUUUGAGUUUAAAAA